CUGGACCCGGGGCUGACGCGGUCCUCCCAGUCGCCAGGUGGCGCUCCGGGCCGCGGAGGUCCGGCCAAGGGCGGCGGCGGCGACUCUUGCUCGCGCGUUCGCCCCUAACCCCCUCCCCCCACCGUCGCAAAACGUUGCCGGCGUGUGUGGACGAGGAGGGGAGCGAGGACCGGGGGGAGGGGAGGAGAUUGUAACGGGAGAGAGAGUGAGAGUGUGUGUGGGCGGGCGGGAGGAUGGCCGAGAUCCUGGAGAAGAUCCUGAACAACCUGCUGGAGCCGGACACGGCGCUGAUCCAGCAGGCCACAGCUCAGUUGAAGGAAGCAUUUAAGGAUCCCUCGGUGGUCCCUGCACUCUGCAACAUCCUCGCAAAUUCACCAAACCCUCAGAUCCGUCAGUUUGCAGCAGUGCUGGUGAGGAGGAGAGUCGCAAAACACUGGAAGAAACUGUCGGUGGAUCUCAAAGAGAAUUUGAAGCCUGUGGUUCUCCAGUCUCUGCAGCAGGAACAUGAACACAAGGUGCGGCACUCUGUCGCUCAGCUGGCAGCCAUUAUCGUCAAGCAUGAAAGCCCCGAGAAGUGGCCGCAGUUGCUGCAGUUUAUCACUCAGUGGACAAAGAGCAGUGUUCCGGAAGAGCGACAGGUCGGGAUGCUGCUGCUGAGCACCGUCGUGGACAUCAGCACCGAGUCCUUCAAGCGACAUUUCCGGGAGCUGAUGCGUCUCUUCCACCAGACGCUGGAGGACCACGACAACCCGUUGGUGGUCUUCUACACCAUUCAGACGCUCACCGCUGUGGUCUCCUACAUGGGGACAGAUGAAGUGAAUUUGAUGCGCCCUAUGAUCCCAAAGCUACUGAUCGCUAUCCAGACCCUCAUCCAGCACAAUCAGGACCAAGCCAGCGAGGCGAUGGAAGUUUUCGAUGAGCUGAUGGAGAGCGAAGUGUCUAUCAUUGUGCCGUACCUGUCUCAGAUCGUACACUUCUGCCUGGAGAUUGCAGCCAAUGCCAUCCUGGGGGACAACAUCAGAGUCAAGGCCUUGUCUUGUGUGAGCUUCCUGAUCAAGCUGAAAGGAAAGGCCAUCAUGAAACAGAAGCUGCUGCCCAGUAUCCUGAAUGUGCUGUACCCCAUCAUGUGUGCCUCCCCACCCGAGGGGGAAAUGGAUCCCGAAGAUCUGGACCUGGAAGAUGACAUUGAGGAGGAGGUGGAGGCUCAGACUCCAAAACACUUCUCAGCACAGGUGAUCGACAUGUUGGCCCUCCACUUGCCUCCCGAGAAGCUUUUCUCCCAGCUGACGCCUCUGAUGGAGCCAGCCCUGAGGAGUGAGAAUCCAUACGAGCGAAAGGCAGGCCUGAUGAGCAUGGCAGUGUUGGCAGAAGGCUGUGCAGACCAUAUCCGGCAAAAACAUCUCCAUCCCAUGCUGCACUGCAUCUGUCAGGCCCUGACCGACCAGAGCCAGGUGGUCCGGAACGCUGCCCUGUUCGCCCUCGGCCAGUUCUCCGAGUUUCUGCAGCCUGAUAUCAGUAAAUACUCCGACGAGAUCAUGCCCCUCCUCCUGAACUACCUGGGCACAAUCGACAGCUCGAAGAGUGGCCAUCUCACCAAGGCCUACUACGCCCUGGAGAACUUUGUCGAGAACCUGGGGAAGAAGAUCGAGCCAUACUUGCCCACCCUGAUGGACAGGAUGUUGACCGCCCUGUGCUCAUCCAACAGCAACCGGGAGAAGGAACUGGCAGUCAGUGCCAUCGGUGCUAUCGCCAGCGCUGCCAAGGAAGGCCUUCUUCCCUACUUCCAGGCCGUCAUCGUGCAGCUGAAAGGAUACUUGGUGAACACGAGUGAGGAGCUGCGACAGGUCCAGAUCCAGUCACUGGAAACAUUAGGAGUGCUUGCUCGGACUAUUGGCAAGGAAGUCUUCCUUCCCCUUGCUGAGGAAUGCUGCCAACUCGGGCUGAACCUUAUUGACCACGUGGAUGAUCCGGACUUGCGGAGGUGCACCUACAGCCUCUUUGCCGCGCUGUCGGUGGUGAUGGGCCCGAACAUGGCGCCCCACCUUGAGAAGAUGACCACCGUGAUGCUGCUGUCCAUCAAAUCGACAGAGGGAGUUACGGCGCACUAUGACAACGACAGCAAAACCUUCCUGCUCCUGGAUGACGACCUGGACGAGGAAGAGACGAUUACAGAAGAGGAGGAGGAUGACGACGAUGCCGACAUCACUGGUUUCAGUGUGGAGAAUGCUUAUCUCGAUGAGAAGGAGGAUGCCUGUGACGCUUUAGGAGAGAUCGCCGUCAACACUGGGGCCGCCUUCAUGCCAUUUAUGGAAAUGUGCUUUGAAGAAAUCUUCCGCAUUAAUGAUUAUCCUCACGUCAACGUCAGGAAGUCUGCUUACGAAGCAGUUGGCCAGUUCUGCUGUGCCCUUUACAAAGUUGCUCAGGAAAACCCAACUGACCAAAACUUGGAAGGUUUCCAGAAGUUGCUCGCCAUGGUGUUUCCGAACUACUUGAAAACCAUUCACGAGGAGAAGGACCGCCUCGUGGUCAUGACCAUCCUGGAGUCCAUGAACAACGUGCUGAAGAGCUGCAAAGGGGACACGCUGAAGGAGCCAGGCCGCCUGGACGAGAUCUGCAAAGCCAUCCGCAACGUACUGCAGAAGAAGACAGCUUGCCAAGACCCGGAGAACGACGAGACCGAGUCGGAUGAAGAGCAGGAGGCCGAGUAUGACUCCAUGCUCCUGGAAUACGCCGGGGAAGGCAUCCCCCUUCUGGCUGCUGCUGUGGGAGGACAGAUCUUCGCCCCGUACUUUGCUGGCUUCCUCCCCCUGUUGCUGGGUAAAACGAAGCCCAGUUGCACGGUGGCUGAGAAAUCCUUUGCCAUCGGAUCAAUCGCCGAGACGGUGCAGGCCAUGGGGCCGGCGACGGUGCAGUUUGUUCCCCGGCUGCUGCCCAUGCUGCAGGCUGGGGCGCGGGACACCGACGACGAGGUGCGCAGCAAUUCGGUCUUCGGGAUUGGGGUCCUGGCCGAGCAAGGGAAAGAAGCCAUCUUCGACCACUACCCGUCCCUUCUGAACAUUCUGUCGUCCAUCAUCGCCCGAGAGCAAAACCGGCGUGUGGUGGACAACGUCUGCGGCGCUGUCUCCCGGAUGAUGAUGACGAAUCUGGCUGGAGUCCCCGUGGAGCAGGUCUUCCCUGUGCUGGUACGGUCACUUCCUCUGAAAGAGGAUCUCGAAGAAAACUUAACGGUGAUGAACUGCAUCACGUUCAUGUACAAGAAUAAUCCCAAUCAGGUCAUUCAGCAUUUACAGCACUUAUUGGCUGUUUUUGGUGAAGUGAUUGGAACAGACCAGAUUAAAGAAGAGAGCCAGAAUGCCUUGAUGAUGUUGCUGAAGGAUAUCCCCCAGCGAUUCCCCCAGGAAUUUCAGAAUGCCCUGAUGGCAAUUCCCCAGGACGCUGCCAAGAAAAUCUCCGCGGUGGUGUCCUCCUGAGUUCCCUGUCCUGCGACUGCCUGAAGGAGCGAGCUUGCCCACUCUCUUUCUCUGCCAUCAGUUGGACACAUUACAAUGCCAGCACAAAAAGGACAAGCCCCAAGUGUCACCAUUGGGAGUUCCCUGAUCCCCUCUCCACAUGGGACGUACGAAGCGACAUGGUUAAACGCUCCUUCCGAGGAGUUAUUUUCGAACAGACGUUUUGGCAGUUCAGAGAAGCGUGCUGCCAGUUACUUGGUUGUGUGUUAGUUUCACCCCUGAGGGGUAGUUUCUUGUGUUUUCCUGCCAAGGUUGGGGAGGGCGACGAGGCUGAUUUUGUGGAAUGAAAUUUAUUUGGUGUGGUUGUGCACAGAUUCUCCGGUUGGAUUAAUAAAAGCCCACAAAAGGA